AUGAGCAUUCGCACAACUAGCCGGUUGUUCUCCAGGGUGGUUCUAUUCGGAGGAGCAGGCGCAGCUGCUGCUCUCGCGGCUUACAUCCACUCCACCGGCCAUGCCGACCCUCCUAAGAACCUUCCCAAGCUUGCCGACGAGGUUCCGUCGAGGCAGGUUCAGAUGUCAGCUCUCGCCGGAAGUAGCUCUGCGCGGCCAUUCGACAUCCUCGUUAUAGGCGGCGGGGCUACUGGUGCCGGCGUGGCGCUGGACGCUGCUGCACGCGGACUCCACGUGGCAAUGGUGGAGCGAGACGACUUCAGUUGUGGCACAUCCUCUAGAAGCACCAAGCUCGUUCAUGGAGGCGUUCGUUACCUCGAAAAGGCUUUUCUUCGCAGAGAUCUCGCGCAGCUUCGCCUCGUGAACGAAGCCCUGGCGGAACGAGGCACCCUGAUUCGCAACGCUCCGCACCUGGUGUGGCCGUUACCCACGCUCACGCCGUGCUACCAUUGGUGGGAGGUGCCGUACUACUGGGCCGGGCUUAAAGCGUAUGAUCUGAUAGCGGGGAAGAAGGUUCUCUACAUGUCCCGCGUGGUCACGGCAGCGGAAGCUACUGGGAUGGUUCCGACGCUUGCACACAAGGCACGAGACGGUCGCACAUUGAAAGCCGGAGUGUUGUACUACGAUGGACAGAUGGACGACGCGCGGCUGAACCUCGCCCUAGCCACCACUGCCGCGCGCGCAGGCGCUGUCGUGCUCAACCACGCGAGUGUGUCCGCGUUAAAGACAGACCCGACUGGGAGAGUGGAGGGCGCGGUGGUGAAGGACGAGCUCACGGGGAAGCAGGUGGACGUGCGCGCGAAAGUGGUGGUGAAUGCCACAGGCGCUUACUGUGACAGCGUUCGCCGUAUGGCUGACCCCAACACUCCCCUGGCCGUCCUCGCCUCCUCCGGUUCCCACGUUGUUCUCCCCGACUUCUACCUGGGAGCCGCUUCAGGCAGCACGUCAGGCGCAGGCGCAGGCACAGCCAGCGGCAGCGGCGGCGGCGGCGGAAACGUGGGUCUGCUUAUACCGAGGACGGCGGACGGGAGGGUGAUGUUCAUGCUGCCGUGGCUGGGGCGGGUGGUGGCGGGAACGACAGAUGCGCCUUCAGAGGUGGUGGAUGUGCCUGUGCCCACGGAGAAGGAGGUUCAGUUCAUCGUGGAUACCCUCAGCAACUACCUGGAUGUGGAUGUGCGCAAGGAAGAUGUCUUGUCUGUGUGGGGCGGACUCCGCCCUCUUCUGCGGAAAGGGCUCAAAACGAAGACACCCGCACAAGAAGGGGGUAAAUCCGAGGGAGGCGCGGCAGGAGAAGGGAAGCCGGAAGAGGUUGAGACAGAGGAGGGGAAGCAGACGGAAGGGAGCAAGGCAGAUACAUCGAAUGUGGUCAGAGAGCACACUGUGAUGGUGGAGGGGGGCACGCUCGUUACAGUCACAGGCGGCAAGUGGACCACUUACAGGAGCAUGGCAGAGGACACGGUCAACACAGCCAUCCGGGUCGGCAACCUCACAGCACCAACCACCACCAGCCCAACCAACCCAUCAGCCACCACCAGCACCAGCACCAGCAGCAGCGGCAGCAGCAACGCCCUCGCCCUGCCCCCCAGCGUCACGGAGCAUCUGCCCCUCACAGGCGCUGCUGGCUUCACUCCCGCCCUCUUUUCCCAGCUGGCGCAGAACGCCGAUGUGCUGCGGGUGGCUCCUGACCGUCGGAUCCUCCCGUACCGGCUAGAUUCAGCGGUGGUGUACCACCUGGUGCGGUCGUAUGGGACGAAUGCGAGCAAAGUGAAGGAGAUAGCCACCUUUGCUGCUUUCAACUACGACGCUUCCACCGAACUGCUGGCGACCUCCGCUCGAAUCUCUUUCCCCGACGACCUCCCACUUCCCGAGUUCCUGUCUGCUCCGUCCGACAUUCAACUGGACGUUAACAGUGACGUUAACGUUGACGAGCCCCCUGUGGACGCGUUCGGAAACUUGGAAGAUCUUAUUGUCGAGGAGAGCUCAUCCUCUGCCGCUGCUGCUGCGGUUGCUGCGGGGAGUUUGUCAGCGGACGGCGCUGAUUGGAUUCUGAACUUGGAUCUGACGGACGAGACGAGCCUGAUCGCCGAGGCCGAUUUGGCCGACGAGCUGACUGCCGUUGAUCUGACUCACGGUGAGCUGACUACCACCGAGCUUGCCGCGAAUGACGUAAACCAGAACUUGGAGACCCGAUCAGUGAAACCGGACUUUGUGGAGGGGAGUCGCGUGAUUCAGGAGAGCAAACUCGGCGAUGCAUACCUUGACGAUGUGGAUUUCGGCGACUCGGGUUACACGCUCGGCGAUGUUAGCGACUUUCUUCUCGACUCGCUGGAUGCUAGCGGUGACGACGUCGAUUUCUCGUCGGUCGGCGUCGCAGGCGACGAAUUUCAGGAGCUUCUUGUCGCUCCCGCUUUGGCUAACAACGUCGCGUCGCAGCCUGAGGUGACACCUCAGCAAGGCCACGUGGCGCUUCCCCCUCCGCCGCCGGCGCUGCAGCCAAUGCGCAUCUCUCUGCUGCAGCUGCCGCUCGGUCUUGUUCUGCGCCGGUGUGGCGGCAGCGGAACGCAAAUCCCCUCCGCUCCUGCUGCUCUUGUCGCUCCUGCUCCUGUCGCUCCGUCUGCUGCUCCCAGUGCUGCUGUCGCUCGUUCCCACGAACGACUGAACUCUGACGAGUCCCCUCUCAAGAAGCGGAAGCGGGACUUGGAGUUUUCACCUACAGUAUGUGGUGGAUUUCAGCAGGAGCAGCAACAGCAGCCGCUGCAGCAGCAGGAGCAGGAGCAGCAGCAGCCAUCCAAAGUAAGGCGUGCGGAUCCUCCUUCCCCUGCUUCCGCGGUUCUAGCAGCAGAUGAAGAACUGGAAGUCGACUCGGGAUCAGAAGAGGGGGGUCUUUGGGAGGCUCUGGAGCAGCAGAUGAAACCCGCCACGUCAGAUGAAACGCCGUGUCAGUGCCUCGCAUGUCAGUGCAAGUCAGAGGAGGACCGGAUGUUCCUGUUGACUGGGAAGCGGACGGCGAAAGCUGAUGCUGGUGCUGCUGGGAGCAAGAAACGGUCUGGAUUGAAAAGAAAAGGUCGUUCUUUGGCUGACGGAACUGGUGGAGAUUCCAUGGCUGAUGUUAACGAGAUUCUGGGGGAGCUUGCACAGAUUCCGCUGCUGCUGGAUUUGACGGAUCUUCCAGAACUUCCGGAAGGAGGUUUUGGAGAAUGUGAUAUCUUCUGGGAAGGAGCUGACGUGGCAGUGGUUGGUGGUGGUGGUGAUGGUGGUGGCUGUGGGUUAGAGGAAGUGGAAGGAAAGCACUGCUCUGGAUUUGGAAAGCGGUUGAGUCAAAUGGAUGUGACUGAAGUGGUGGAUCAGUGCAGGGCGUGGCUGCAUGAAGCGCUGCAAAGCCCUGGGUGUGACUCUAUUGAUGUCGACUUCUGCUUGAAGGUGGUGGGAGAAGUGAAGGGAGAGACGGUGGAGGGAGCCAAGCCGAUGGAGCUGGUGUUAGAGGAUGGAGUUCCUCUUGAGUGCUCCAUUGAGUAG